AUGGUGGAACAAGAAGACAACUUGGUAGCUUCCCUUGGAGCCAACACUCACAAGUGCAGCCUUAAGACUAACCGAACAGAGUCCCCACCAUGCUGGUCAGGAGCAAUGAGUGGUGGCCCUGAAGUGGUGAUUGUACCGGUGCUUUUUGGGCUGAUCUUCCUCCUGGGAAUGGUGGGGAACACACUGGUGUUGGUUGUUUUGGGGCGCCUCUGGCCUGGGGGACGUCUAUCACGCAGUGCCACAAACAUCUUCAUCUUGAACUUGAGCAUUGCAGACUUCUCCUUUCUGCUCUUCUGUGUCCCCUUCCAGGCCACCAUCUACUCCCUGCCAGAGUGGAUCUUUGGCGCCUUCUUUUGCAAGUGGGUGCACUACUUGGCUAUGGCAACAAUGCUGGUCAGCAUCUUUACUCUGGUGGCUAUGUCCGUGGACAGGUACAUCGCUGUGGUUCAUGCCAAGCAUUCAUCCUUUAUCCGUAGCAAGCGUAACGCUGCCCUUGGUGUGGGCAUCAUUUGGCUGCUGUCUCUCCUCAUUGCUAUCCCUGUGGCCCAGCACCAGGCCCUUGUGAGUGGCCAUCAGCAAGCACCUAACAGCUCCUUCUGCUGGGAGCACUGGGCAGAUGGUUCAACAGCCAAGCAGACAUACAAGGUUACCAUCUUGGUGGUGGGAUACCUCCUGCCCCUGGCACUCAUCACCUGUUGCUACGCCAAGGUUUUAUAUCAUCUCCAUACAAAAGUAAAGAACAUUUCCAAGAAGUCAGAGAGAUCGAAGAAGAAGACAGCCCAGACCGUGCUUCUAGUGGUCACUGUGUUCUUGCUCUCCUGGCUGCCACACCACAUCAUCACCAUGUGGGCAGUGUUUGGGCAGUUUCCCCUGAACAACACCUCCUUCACCUUUCGCAUCAUCUCUCAUUGCUUGGCCUAUGGGAACUCCUGCAUCAACCCCAUCAUUUAUGCCUUCCUCUCGGAAAACUUCCGCAAGGCCUGCCGGCAAGUCUUCGCCUGCAAAUUCUUCUUGCCACCAGUUCCUGCCGAAAAGCUAGUGAGAAUACGCAUGGAGAACUUCACCACUACACACUCAACAACUAACAUGUAA